CCCGCGGUAGCGUGCGUCACAACCAGGACGCCUGCCCCGCCCGUCCAGCUCGCCUGCCCGUCGGUCCCCGCGGCGGCGGCGGCGGCGGCUGCCCAGUGACAGCGGCGGCGGUGCCAGGCCGGCCGUAGUAGCGUAGGGUUGCGCGGCCCGGAAACGCAGAGCCGGCCAAAGAGCGGCGCGACGUGAGCCGGGGCCGCGCGCGAAGAGACCUCGCGGGCGUGGAGCGAAAGGCCGGCGUGAGUGAGCGCGGAGACAGUGGCCGCCGGCGGCCCAACCCGUCUAUCCCCUCGGCCGCCGCCGGCAUGAGCCACAUCCAGAUCCCGCCGGGGCUCACGGACCUGCUGCAGGGCUACACGGUGGAGGUGCUGCGACAGCAGCCGCCUGACCUCGUCGAAUUCGCAGUGGACUACUUCACCCGCCUGCGCGAGGCCCGCGCCCCAGCCUCAGUCCUUCCCGCCGCCACCCCACGCCAGAGCCCGGGGCACCCCACGCCAGAACCCGGCCCGGACCGUGUCGCCGACGCCAAAGGGGACAGCGAGUCGGAGGAGGACGAGGACUUGGAAGUUCCAGUUCCUAGCAGAUUUAAUAGACGAGUAUCAGUCUGUGCUGAGACCUAUAACCCUGAUGAGGAAGAGGAAGAUACAGAUCCAAGGGUGAUUCAUCCUAAAACUGAUGAACAGAGAUGCAGACUUCAGGAAGCUUGCAAAGAUAUUCUCCUUUUCAAAAAUCUUGAUCAGGAACAGCUUUCUCAAGUUCUCGAUGCCAUGUUUGAAAGGAUAGUCAAAGCUGAUGAGCAUGUCAUUGACCAAGGAGAUGAUGGAGACAACUUUUAUGUCAUAGAACGGGGAACUUAUGACAUUUUAGUAACAAAAGAUAAUCAAACCCGCUCUGUUGGUCAAUAUGACAACCGUGGCAGUUUUGGAGAACUAGCUCUGAUGUACAACACCCCGAGAGCUGCUACCAUUGUUGCUACCUCAGAAGGCUCCCUUUGGGGACUGGACCGGGUGACUUUUAGAAGAAUCAUAGUGAAAAAUAAUGCAAAGAAGAGGAAGAUGUUUGAAUCAUUUAUUGAGUCUGUGCCCCUCCUUAAAUCACUAGAGGUGUCAGAACGAAUGAAGAUUGUGGAUGUAAUAGGAGAGAAGAUCUAUAAGGAUGCAGAACGCAUAAUCACUCAGGGUGAAAAGGCUGAUAGCUUUUACAUCAUAGAGUCUGGCGAAGUGAGCAUCUUGAUUAGAAGCAAGACUAAAUCAAACAAGGAUGGUGGGAACCAGGAGGUCGAGAUUGCCCGCUGCCAUAAGGGCCAGUACUUUGGAGAGCUUGCCCUGGUCACCAACAAACCCAGAGCUGCCUCAGCUUAUGCAGUUGGAGAUGUCAAAUGCUUAGUUAUGGAUGUACAAGCAUUUGAGAGGCUUCUGGGGCCCUGCAUGGACAUCAUGAAGAGGAACAUCUCACACUAUGAGGAACAGCUGGUGAAGAUGUUCGGCUCCAGCGUGGAUCUGGGCAACCUCGGGCAGUAGGUGUGCCACACCCCAGAGCCUUCUUAGUGUGACACCAAAACCUUCUGGUCAGCCACAGAACACAUACAGAAAACAGACAUGACAGAACUGUUCCUGCCGUUGCCGCCACUGCUGCCAUUGCUGUGGUUAUGGGCAUUUAGAAAACUUGAAAGUCAGCACUAAAGGAUGGGCAGAGGUUCAAUCCACACCUCCACUUUGCUUCUGAAAGCCCAUUAUUAGACCACUUGUAAAGAUUACUCCAACCCAGUUUUUACAUCUUUGGUUCAAAACGGCAUGUCUCUCCAACAAUUUAAGUGCCUGAUACAAAGUCCAAAGUAUAAACAUGCUCCUUUCCUCUCUUGCUGCUACUCUUGCUUUUGGAAGUUACCACAGGGUCUGCAGAAACCUGUUGUAUAACUGUAGACACUCUCUAAUCGUUCUCAAAGGAGGAAAUGUAGCCUUCAGUCUCCUCAUUUGUCCUUUGGGAAAGUCCACAUUUGUUCACAGUUGCAGCCUUUGGUUUUACAGUGGGAAAUGGUGGUGGAUGGUAUGGACAUAUGUAGCCCAGUGGCAUUGUACUUUCUGCUGACAGCUGCACACAUUACAGCUGUCUCCAAACCCACAGUGAUGCUUAGGGAAAGACCCUGCUCAGGACCCAGCAGGUCAGCACCCCAGAGCAGACCAAUAGGUCAGUGGGACCCAUGUUAGAGCAGAAAAUUUGGGCUCAGCACAUUUUACUGUUAGUAGAGAGCCAGGAAAGGUUUUCUGGGUUGGGGAUUUUGUGGGAUUUUUUAAAUUUUUUAGUAGGUUUUGUUUAACCUCUGUGCAGUUUGUAUGAAUGAAUUGCUAUCCAUUUAUAAGGAGCCAAGGUCUGGAGGGUUGCUAUCACUUUGUCCAACCCAAAUACCUUCCUGGGCAACUCCUACCAUUUGUUUGCAGUUGCCUCUACUAGCUGAUGGCAGUAUGCUGGAAAGAGGUUAUACCAUAAAGAGAGCUCUUUCCUUCUACUCCAGAGUUGUUGUGUAGCUUUGCCAUUGAACCCAUCAAUUUUUAAACUCUUUAAAGAAGCAGCAGCUGUUUUUUUGAAAUUGAAAACAAAUUCUCAGGCCAGGCUCAAUGGCUCAUGCCUGUAAUCGUAGUGCUUUGGGAGGCUGAACUGGGAGGAUCGCUUAAGACCAGCCUAGGCAACAGAGUGAGAUCCUGUCCCUACAAAAACAAAAACAAUUUUUUUUUUCUUUUUGAGACGGAGUUUUGCUCUUGUUACCCAGGCUGGAGUGCAAUGGCAUGGUCUUGGCUCACCGCAACCUCCGCCUCCCAGGUUCAAGUGAUUCUCCUGCCUCAACCUCCUGAGUAGCUGGGAUUACAGGCAUGCGCCACCAUGCCAGGCUAAUUUUGUAUUUUUAAUAGAGACGGGGUUUCUCCAUGUUGGUCAGGUUGGUCUCAAACUCCCGACCUCAGGUGAUCCGCCCACCUCAGCCUCUCAAAGUGCUGGGAUUACAGGCGUGAGCCACUGCGCCUGGCAAAAAAAAUUUUUUUUUAAUUUGUCAGGUGUGGUGGUGCGUGCAUGUAGUCCCAGCUAGUUAGGAGGCUGAGGUGGGAGGAUCACUUGAGCCCAGGAGGUCGAGGCGACAGUGAGCUGUGAUCAUGCCAUUGCACUCCAGUCUGGGUGACACAGUGAGACCCUGUCUCUUAAAAAAAAAAAAAAAAAGAAAAGAAAAAGAAAAAAAUUAUUCUUUAGGUAAUUUCACUUGGACAUAUUAAUAUAUAUGGAGUUUGUCAGCUGACUCAGGCAUUUACCCUGAAGAUCAAAUCUGUUUUCAAAAAUUGGCAUGGCCGGCCACGGUGACCCACGCCUGUAAUCCCAGCACUUUGGGAGGCUGAGGCAGGCGGAUCAUGAGGUCAGGAGUUUAAGACCAGCCUGGCCAACAUAGUGAAACCCCGUCUCUACUAAAAAUACAAAAAAUUAGCCGGGCAUGGUGGUGGGCACCUGUAAUCCCAGCUACUUGAGAGGCUGAGGCAGGAGAAUUGCUUGAACCUGGGAGGCGGAGGUUGCAGUGAGCCGAGAUUGCACCAUUGCAUUCCACCCCGGGUGACAGUGCAAGACUCCAUCUCAAAAAAAAAAAAAAAAAAAAAAAAAUUCGGCAUCAUUUACAAUUUCAUAGAAUUACUGUGAAGGCCUUUCUAGUUGAGAUGUUGGGGUAUUUGGGAUUCUAAUUGUUAACCCCAGAAGAAGGUAAUUUAGCUUGUAUUUAUUUAAAACCCAUUUAGCCUUUUACUUAUAUCUGGUAGAAUUCCAGUGAUCAUCCUAAUAAGGUAUAUUUCAGAAUAAUUUUUUUUCCUUCAGAAUAACUUAGAAUCAGAUGCUAUAAGGGCUCCUAGGAGCAAUGUGAAAUUUCCGUAAAUUUGAAUGUUGUAACCAAGUUUAUAGUAAAUCAAGAGGCCAUUUCCAGUAUGAUUUUUUGUUUCUUUUUAACUUGUUAAGUCCCUAAGAGAUUACAUGCUAGGGCUUGAGUCAUUUCUGUUGUAGAUAAUGAUGGCCCACACAGUCACCUUCGACUGUCCACAUAAGCCAGGCUUUCUGCUUUUGCCACGGACAGUGUGACCAAGAUAUUUCCAGAGUAAAUAACCCACCACAACCUUGGUAAUUCCUCUUUUCUUCUUAAGCUCCAGGAAGUGAAAGCGAAAGGACUCUUUUCAGACUGCCCUCUGUGGCCUACAUUGCAGCUUUCCAAAACAGGCAGCUAGCACUGGGAAAGCCCAUGUGGUGACCCCGUAUUUUUCUGAGGUUCUUCUUUUCCAUGGUGUUACUUUAUUAUCAAGUAAAUUCAGAAAGCAGGUCUUGCCUUUAGCAGACAAGAACCACACCAGUUUCUUGCAAAGGUAACGGAUACAUUGGGAUUCAGGAGUGACACAGAGGUCCAGCCCCAGAACUUGUGAGGAUUUUGUUUGAACACUGAGCAGAUGCCUCCUCCCUGCUACCCGUCAUACUAGUUAGGGCUGGCCAUGAAUUCUAUGCCAGAGUCACUCCGGCAGUCUGCUAGGGAUGGGCCUUCUCAUCCCGCGCUCACACACAUCCCAGUCUUUCCCUUCACAGAGUCCUUGACACCCCUGACUUAAUGAUAGUUGCUGUUUUGGAGUAGAAUUGAUCAGGUUUAAGUCAUCCUGCUCAGGUUGGGCAUGGUGGCUGAUGCCUGUAAUCCCAGCACUUUGGGAAGCCAAAGUAGGAGGAUUUCUUGAGCCCAGGAGUUCCAAACCAUCCUGGGCAACAGAGGGAGACCCUGUCUCUACCAAGAAAAAAAAAAAAAAAGAAAAGUUAGAAAAACAAUUAGCUGGACCUGGUGGUGGUGCACACUUAGUAGACUGAGGUGAAAGGAUUCCUUUAACCUGGGAGACUGAAGCUGCAGUGAGCCAUGAUCGUGCCACUGCACUCCAGUCUGGGGGACAAAGUGGGACCCUAUCUCAAAAAAAAAAAAAGUCAUCCUCCUCCAACUACUGAUUGACAUAUGGAUCAUCAGUUCAGACUCUCACUGCAUACAGGAUCCCUAGAGGGUUCUAUUUAAUAGCUUGAGGAAGGGAGACUUUAAAAGGAUGUGUGUGAGUGAAAUAGGAUAUAGCCAUUACCACAGUGCCAGGACCUGACAGCAUUCCAGCUCUUUUCGCAGCAUGGGGAAUCAAAGGUGGCAGGCCAAGUUCAACUCAGGGCUGAGGUAUCCACAUUGUCCACAUCAGGCAAGCCCUGCACUGAUGGUUGAGCCUCAUGGAGAGGAGCAUGUGUUGGGAAGAGAUCCCUUCGUUAACUGUUUUGUGUUCUCUUCAAUGAGUUAGAGCUCAUGCCCCUUUUCUGGCUUUGCUGUUGAUUUUGGAUGGUAGAGAAUAUUCCUGAGAGCCUUCCUUUUGGCCUCCAGCUUAUCCCACCCACUCUCUUCUCUUGGUUGAAUUCUCUGAAGGAAAGGUUCAUGUGCUAUUGUCCUGUUAGUCAAUAGUCUUCAUAUAUAAUUGUGUUACAUAUAUUGCUGUAGACUCUCAGAAAUCAGGGUAGAGCUUUUCCUUUGAGCAGUUUAAUGAGUGAAUUCAGCAGCAAAGUGGCAAGAAAUGGUUCUCCAGCCAGGAGAGUUUAUGUUUAUCCUCUGAUUGCCCAUUUUCUCUGCACACAAUGAUAUCGUAUUCAGUGAGAGGUGCUGUUGGCACCCAGCAACACCCUGGGCACACAGCAUUUCAUGUCAUGUCACAGUGUACAAGCUACCCUCUCUCAUUUAGAAAGAAGAGCAUUUUGCACAGAGAAAAAGUAAAAAGAUCCAUGAAUGUCAUCUUUUAUCUUUUAUUUUCAGUUGGCUGAUGUUGGAAUUUUUGUUCUUGUCAUGAACUUGUAAACCAAUCUUGCCAAGAUACAAGUUGUUUUGGUUUUUCACUACAAUGACCUCUUGUUCCUCCUGUCUUGACUGCUGACGUUCCUCAAUGAUUCUAGUAUCUAUUUUGUGGGAAGCAGCCUUCCCAUAGGUUUCCUUUUACACACUGCAGGGCUAUCUUUAUACUUAAAAAAAAAAAAAAAGGACAAGAACUGUCACUAACCUCAUGGGGGUUUGCGUAAAACCAUUUAGCCCACCUUGAGCAAAGGGUAGAUUCCGUGUUGUUUUUUUAAGCUCACUGUAAUAAAAUAAAUCUAAUUCAGCAUUAUUGUGCUACCUCAAAGGUAAAAAAUGUUUUAAGGUCUUCUUUUGGUCCUGAGUUCUAUAUACAGUGUUUGAAAUGUCUUUCAAUUGGAAUUAUUUUUUAAAUCAUUGGAGUGAAUUUUAUUUUAAUCUGUUUUAAUCUUGUAUUUUAAUCUCAGAAGAAUAAGUGAUUGAAGUGUGAUCAAUUCUUGCUCUGUGGUGUUAAACAUAUAAUGAACAGUCAUUAAGAAUUAAGUCACUGUUUGCCAUAAACAAGGUUGAUGUUCUUUUUGUUCUUGUUAAGGAAACCCUAGGGCUCGGCUUUACUCUUGAUUAAUAAAGGCUGACAAAUCAUGUCUGA